GGCUACCUAGAUGGACUUCGUUCACAUUUGGGUGGUUUAACGCAACGUGUCAAAUCAUGGUAUUGGGGAAGACCACUUGAAUUGGCUACCAAGCUAUCACGAAGUUUUGAUAUGAAGGAAGAAGGUGGAACAUUGCUUGGAGAAAAAGGCGUUAGGAGACAUCAGUCAAUGCAGCGUUUAUCUGGUGAACAGAAUGGCUCAACGACUGAUCAACCACAUGAGCUAAACCCAAACGUCGUACCUGAUCAUAGAGGAAAUUUACAUAUUACAGUUAAGAAAACUAAACCAAUUUUAGGUAUCGCUAUUGAAGGUGGUGCUAAUACAAAGCAUCCCUUACCUAGGAUCAUUAAUAUUCAUGAACAUGGUGCUGCAUAUGAUGCUGGUGGCUUAGAAGUCGGUCAAUUAAUAUUGGAAGUAGAUGGUCAUAAAGUAGAAGGACUACAUCAUCAAGAAGUUGCACGUUUAAUAGCUGAAUGCUUUGCAAAUCGUGACAAGGCUGAUAUUACAUUUUUAGUUGUUGAAGCAAAAAAAUCAAAUUUAGAACCAAAACCAACUGCUCUUAUAUUUUUGGAGGCCUAACACUUACUUGCCCUGCCGGCUAGCGAUCUUUCUAGUUCACCUGAACCUGGUAUUGAUCUAACAAAAAGUUAUCGCUAAAACUAUAUAUAAAAAACCUCACAAAUUACAUUAAAGAAAAAGAAAAAACAACAAAAAAACCAAAACAACUAACAAAGGCAAGAAAAUUUUUAAAAUCAUUUCGUAUAGAGUGUGAUGAAAUGUUCAACAACCAAAAAAAAAAAAAAAUUAAAAAAAAAAAAAAAACAAAAAAAAAUAAAAAAAUACAAAAAAAAAAUGCUGAACAAUCUAGAGAGAACUACACAAAUGUCAUAAGAAUAUUAUAAUUGCAAAAUUAAUUAUUAUGGCACGCUAUACGAUCAUCAAACCUUAAAAACAAAAUUCCAGCGUACUUACAACAAUAUAAGCACUACAACAGCAACAACUGAAAUCAAAAGGAACCUGCUAAUCAAUCACCAGCUGCUAUAACAGAUCAACCUUAAUUUGCUCCUUUUUCUUAAGACCUUCUUAAUAAUUUUCCUAUUACUUUUCUGAUACAAUUUUAAUCCAAAAAAUUUUUAAUUUUAAUCUCUUACAUAUAAAACUGUUAAAAAAAUAUUGUAUAAUAAUUAAGAUAGUUUUUCUUAUAUUCUUAUUUGUUAAAAUUUCAAAAAAAAAGAAUGAUUAAUAUUUUUAAAGUUAUUAUUUUUUAUCUUUAAAAGUUGAUAAUUUUCGAAAGUAGAAAAAUUUAUGCAAUUUUAAAAAUUUAAAUUUGUAAAUCAUAGAACUGUAUUGAAAGGGUUUAGAAAAUUUCUAUUAUG